CAGAUGAGAGUGGGUGGGUCCACGACUCCCAGCAUUCUCUCCAUGAAGAGUGACAAAUCCAUGCUGAUGCCAAUGAACUUUGGCAACAAGAACCCAGAACGCUCAGACUGGGACCAGUCUGAUUCACCAGCAGCCGAACCCUGCCAGAAGAAACCCAGACAAGAUCCUGAAUAUCAGAGAGAUGACACUGGGUACACACGUCUUUUGAAAGCAAAGAAGAAACUUAAAGAAGCAAUGAAAAAGAAAUGUACUUCAAUAUCUGAAGGUAAUGGUGACCAACAGAGUUCGCUGAACAAAAUCUACACAGAACUCUACAUCACCACUGGGGAAAGUGAAGGGCCACAAGCAGAGCAUGAGUUCGGACACCUCGAACGUAAAAAAACACAAGCAUCUCCUGAAGGUACAGUCAGCCUCAGCAACAUCUUCAAACCUUUGCCUGGCCAAGAGAAACGCCACAGAACAGUACUAACGAAGGGAAGUGCAGGCAUUGGAAAAUCAUUUUCUGUGCAGAAAUUGAUUCUUGACUGGGCUGAGGAGGAAGAAAACCAGGAUAUUGAUUUUGUUUUCUAUCUUACUUUCAAAGAGAUGAAUUUGAGCACAGAUACAAAAAGCUUGGACAAGCUGCUGAUUGAAUUCCACCCUGCACUCCACAGUUUGAACGGUUCAACUGAUUACAUCAAUACCAAGGUUUUAGUGAUCCUGGACGGCCUGGAUGAAAGCAGACUUCAACUGGACUUAGAGAACAGUAAGACUGUAACGUCUGUCAGUGAAGUUACAUCUCUGAGUAACCUCCUAUCAAACCUGAUCCAGGGUAACCUUCUUCCUAAUGCAAAACUCUGGAUAACUUCCCGUACAGCAGCAGCCAAUCAGAUCCCUGCAAAGUAUGUCGACAUGGUGACAGAGAUAAGAGGUUUCAAUGAGUCACAAAAAGAGGAGUACUUCAGGAAGAGAUUUAGUGAUGACUUGACUCUAGCUGACAGAAUCAUUUCACAUAUCCAGUCUUCAGCGAGUCUCGACAUCAUGUGCCAGAUCCCGAUCUUCUGCUGGAUUUCUUCUGUGUUAUUCCAGGAUGUUUUCAGUGGAGAUGGCAAAGCUGAAACUCCUCAAACUCUGACAGAGAUGAUGGCACAUUUCCUGUUUGUUCAGACAAAACGUAGAAGCAGAAAAUAUGACCAGAAGACAGAGAAAAACAAAGAGAGAUUUAUGAAGACACACAGAGAAUUUCUCCUGAAACUCGGCAAACUGGCAUUUGUUCAUCUGCAGAAGAACAACCUCAUCUUCUAUGAGGAAGACCUGGAAAACUGUGGCAUCAACAUAAAAGAAGCGUCUAUCCACUCUGGAUUUUGCACCACAGUUCUUAGGGAAGAAGAACUCUUUUCUCAGAGAAAGGUUUUCUUCUUUGUUCAUCUGACCAUACAGGAGUUCUUUGCAGCUCUCUAUGUCUAUGACUGUUUCACAAACAAGAAUACAACAGAGCUCAGCAACUUCCUUGGUGUGAAAGAGAAAAAAUAUACUUUACUUGAUCUGCUAAAGAUGACAGUUGACAAAGUGUUAGAGAAGAAGAACGGGCACCUGGCCUACUUCUUGCGAUUCCUCCUUGGCCUCAUGGUUGAAACAAACCGGAAAGUCCUUCAGGGUCUGCUGACGUCACCGGACCCAAGCCAAGAUACCGAAAAGAAAAUCUUGACUUACCUCAAAUCCAUCCGAAGAAAGACCCUCUCUCCAGACCGUUGCAUCAGCCUCUUCCAGGCCAUGGUUGAGAUGAGAGACCAGAAAGUCAAAGAUGAGAUUCAGGAAUAUCUGAUGUUGAAAGAUCGUUCAAAAACUGAGCUGACUCCCCUGUACUGCUCUGCACUGGCCUACAUGCUGCAGGUAUCGAAGAAUGAUCUGGAUGUUUUGGACUUGAAGAGUUACAACACAUCAGAUGAGGGUAGAAGGAGGCUGAUACCAGCAGUGAAGAGCAGCAGAAAGGCAAUACUAGCAGACUGCAAAGUGACUACAGAGUGGGCUGAACAUCUGGCGUUUGAUCUCAAGUUCCCCAACACACCUCUACGAGAGCUGGACCUGAGCAACAAUGACCUGAAAGACGAAGGAGUGGAGCUUCUCUGUGAUGGACUGUCAAGUCAAUCCUGCAAACUGGAGAUACUGAGGUUGUCAGGUUGCAUGGUCACUGAGACAGCCUGUUGUUUUCUGGCCUCAGCUUUGAAAUCCAACCCCUCCCAUCUGAGAGAACUGGAUCUCAGCUACAACCAUCCAGGAGACUCUGGAGUGAAGCUUCUCCUUGAGCUGAAGGAUGAUCCACAAUACAAGCUCAGCAUACUCAAUGUUGAACAUGGUGGAAAACACCGGAUGAUACCAGGAUUCAAGAAAUAUGCCUGUGAGCUCACUUUGGAUCCCAACACAGCCCACAAGAACCUCCGUCUCUCUGACGGGAACAGAGAGGUGACCUGGGUGGAAGAGGAGCAGUCGUAUCCAGAUCAUCCAGAGAGGUUUGAUCAGUGGCCACAAGUGCUGUGUGAGCAGGGUUUAAAUGAACGCUGCUACUGGGAGUUCGAUGUGUUGAAGCCCUUCAACAUUGGGGUGACAUACAGAAGCAAUGAGAGGAAAGGGGAUGUGAAUGAUUGCAAGCUGGGACGCAACGACAAGUCUUGGAGUCUUAAUUGCUGUAAUGCUGAUUGUUUUGUUCUGCACAACAACGACCCUAUCACUGUAUCUUCCCUCCGCUCACGCUCUAGUCGGGUGGGGGUGUAUCUGGAUUGGCCAGCUGGCACUCUGUCCUUCUACAGAGUUUCCUCCGAUAGUCGGAUUCGCCUCCAUACAUUCAAAACAACAUUUGAUGAGCCCCUCUAUCCUGCUGUUGAACUUCGCACUCAUUCCUCUGCAUUACUUUGUCAGCUACCAUAAACAAACUUUCACUGCACCACAUGAGUGACCUUACGUGUAGAUUUGCAUAAGGUCGUGAAAUGUCCUAUACAAGCAAGGGGCUACUUACUUGUUAUUCCCAAUAUUCUAAGCAAUCUAGACUUCACAUUUUAGAAACCAUGCAGGGUUAACUGCUCCUAUCUUUUAGUACCAAAAGACAAGUAUAAAGACUGAGAUAGUACUAUUUGGGAGCAAAGACAGAAGGUUGCAACUUAGUGCUUACCUGGAGUCUAGAGCAUUAAAACCCAUGUUAAAAAUCUGGGAUGGAGAUCUUAGUUUCAGUGACCACAUCAAAGCUAUAACUAAAUUUGCAUUUUGGCAUCUCAAAAACAUAGCUAGUGUCGGAGACUUUGUGUCCAACCAAGACUUAGGUCUGGGCUAUAAAUAUAAAUGUAAAUAUAUUUCUUACCUGUUCAAUCUAAACCUUAUAUGUCUGUAAGAUCUAAACAGGGUGAAACGGCUUUCAGCCAGAAUGCUGCCUACAGCUGGAACCAGCUCCCAAUGGAGAUCAAAUCAGACUAAACUGUAAAUGGCUUCAAUACUCCACUGCCUUCAUCAAAUCUUGUGCUUUAAUUAGGUAUUACCUAUUUUAUAAUCUGUUUUCAUACCAUUUUCUUAUUAUACUUUUUACUUUAUUUUUUAUCUUUUUUUUUUAUUUCCGUGUACCUUAUUGAAUAGCCUCUGUGUAUGAUAAUGUGCUAUACACAAAUUUGCCUUGCCUUAUCAGUCAUAUACUCAAUUUGUAUAGCAAGGAAAAUGGAGGGUAUUAUAUCAUUUAUAUACAGUGUCAGUUCUCAAAGUCAAACAUGUGGCCUGGCAACUCCAGAUGCCAUUAUUUACCAUAAAAUGUCUAAACUCAUAGAUGUAUUCGCACUGCGAGAAACUCCUGAUAUCUGAUUUGCUGUGUGUGAUUCAAGUUGUAGACUUAAACCUUUAAACAUAUGUGCAUGUAUUUGCAACUAUCAUUAUACAGGUUAUACAAGUUUUACCAGUUUCACUGUUUUGAUCUUUGCUUCAUGGUUUUUCUAACUAUACUGAAGUAAAUAGGUAACAAGUGUUUUUUUAUUCUUUCAGUUAAGUUAGUGGCAGUACUUUUUUUUAUAAUGUUUUACCAUCUGCCACACAGAACUUAGUUUUUGCUAAAGUAUAGUAUGUAUCUAACAAACAGGAGCACACCACAUAGCUCUGACUGGGUCUUCUCAGUGGGAAAACAAAGAGCUAUGUUUCAUGUUAUCGGCCGUUCAAGCCAGUCAACAAUUGAUUACGCUCCUCUGCUCUCUCUUAAUCACACGUAGAGCUGAUCUUUGUAAUAACCUCAAGAAUUUAUAGCUUUAUAUGUGUUUAUGGGGUUAUUGCUUCUUCUGCAACAUGUACCCCUUGUGUACCCCAAAUGUGGUGGGAAAGCUCAGUCUGUCAAGUGGAAAAAUGCUUUAUAACUGUAUUAUGUUUUGAAAUAUGCUUGUAGUGGUUGUCCAUUCUGAAACUGUUUUGCUACAGGAGUGAUGGAGGUAACUCACUUUAAAUCACUUUUAUUCCCCUGAACAUUCAUCCAGGGAGAAUCAUUGAGCUCCAAAGUUUGUCUGGCUUCUUUGAGGCUAAUUCUUACUGGAGUGGGUGAAAGAUGUUUGUGUAUAAGCUUUUUUAUAUCUAAAAAUAUUAAAACAUCAGCAAAUAAAAGACAUCUGAACAGUG